UCGCGAAGUCUUCGACUCAAUUACACAAAAUCAGAAACUCGCGUACUUAUUCAUAAAUCUGUAACAAUUUUGUUUCUCUUACUAAUGCUCAUGGAGAUCUUCCACAACACUCAUUCAUCUUUCUUUCUCUUGUUUUUUUUUCUAUCAUAUCUCUGUGCAUUUUCUUUUUCCCUCUCGUUCUCUCCUAUCGACAACUACCUCAUUGACUGCGGCUCCGCUGUGGACGCUAUCAUAGACAAUCGCCGAUUCGUUCCCGACUCAUUUCGCUCAAACUCACCUUUGUUUAGUUCCUCAACUCGGUCUGUCCAACUCAAUGGCCCCGGCUCCAGUUUACCCCAAAUUUAUAACUCUGCUAGGGUUUUCGACAGACCAUCGAAGUAUGUUUUCAAGAUCAGAGAUCAGGGGACACACAUGGUACGGCUCCAUUUUCACCAAUUGAAUUCUUCGGAAAUCGAUUUUGCUGAUGUUAAGUUCCAUGUUUUGGUUAAUGGGUAUGUCGUUUUGAGUAAUUUUAGUGGGGGUCACAACUUGUUAAGUCCGAGGGUUAAGGAAUAUUUGAUCUUUGUUCAUGAUGAGCAGCUCGUAAUUAAGUUUUUGCCUGCUAGAAAGUCGAAAUUAGCGUUUGUUAAUGCCAUUGAAGUGAUAUCUGCACCUAAAGAUUUGAUUUUGGAUACUGCCCAGUUUGUGAAUUGGGAUAAAAUUGAGAAAUUUGAUGGGUUAAGUAGACAAGCGCUUGAAGUUAUGCAUAGGGUUAAUGUGGGUGGUUCUAAAGUGACACCUUUUAAUGACACUUUGUGGAGGACUUGGUUACCAGAUGAUGAAUUCUUGAAAUCUGGUGAUGGAUUAAAAAGGGUGUAUUUUAGUGGUAGGAUUAGGUAUCAGAGGGGAGGGCCAAGCCGCGAAGUUGGUCCUGAUAAUGUGUAUAACACUGCCCGAGUAAUUGUUAGCACGAAUGCUUCAAUUCCUAAUUUGAAUAUGACUUGGGAGUUUCCUGUUGUUGAAAAUUAUAAGUAUCUGGUUAGGUUGCAUUUCUGUGAUAUUGCUAGUAUCUCUGUUGGUUUGCUAUUUUUCAAUGUUUAUGUUAAUGGGAAUUUAGCAUAUAAGGAUUUGGAUCUUUCUUACCUUACUGCUUAUACAUUGGCUUCUCCAUUUUAUAUGGACUUUGUGGUUGAUGUUGAUCACUCGGGGGUUUUAAGUGUUAGUGUUGGACCAUCAGAAAAGAGCUUGGAUCAUGCUGUUGACGGUAUUCUGAAUGCAGUGGAAAUCAUGAAGUUGAAUAAGUCUAUGGGUAUUCUUGAUGGAGAGCACUGUGCAGGGUUGAUCUUGAAUAGUUGGCCAAGGGGAAAUACUGGGAUUUUGGUUCCUUUGGUUGCUGCUGUGUGUAUGAUCCUAAGUUUAUCUGCAUUUAUGCAUAAGCGGCGGAAUGGGGUGAAGAACUCUAUGGGAUGGCAUAAACUGCCUACAGAUGUGCCUGAAAUGAAUCCAAAGCAUGGAAAUCAACACAUAUCAGUAGAAAUGUGAUGACUUUCUUUUUUUUUCAAAAGAACUGCGAUGCUGCUUCUUACUAGUCAACUACAUUUUGUUGUAUACACUUUGUGUAUAAGAUACAAUAGAUCAGUAUUUGCAAUCCGUAUGCUUGGAAAGUGCUGUUUUGUGAAUUUGUAUGUAAGUUGUACCAAUAUUAAUCAGUAUAUUGUCUUUUGGAAUUUCA